AUGCCUUCUCCUCAAGAGACCAGAGAUCAGAUGGUGCAGGAUAAGCCAACGUAUGCGGCGGUUUCCAGACCUCUUUUAUCUCGGAAGCCAGACGUCCUUGUUCAUCGCUUAACGACGGUGCAACCAGAAAAGAAAGGUGAUGUUAUCGUGGUAUCUAUACCUCAGGAUCUUUAUCAGAAACGUAUGGACGAAUUCAAAUUUGCUCUAAUUGGUAGAUUGGUUCUCCGGAAGGGUGAUAAACCAAGAACGACUCAUGACCUCAAGCAGGAGCUCACGGAUAUCUGGCGACCAACAGCCCCUUGGCAACUUGUACCUAUGGGAAAAAGCUUUUUUUCCAUUAAAUUUCAAAACCCUGAUGACAAAGCGUUGGCAAAAAAGAAGCAGAUGUUGGAGUUGUCCAAGGGCUCUCUACGUCUACGUGAAUGGACUCGGAAUUUUGACCCAUAUAAGGAGCUUUCUUCUCUUUGGACUCCCAUAAAAGUUGACGGCGCCUCUGCGGAUGGUGAUGUGGGUCAUUAUGCUCGCAUUCUUGUGGAGCUUGAUCUUGCGUUGCCUAUACCUGAGUCGGCUCUUGUGGAUUGUGCAGACAGUUAUUUCCAUGUGGAAUUUGGUUUUGAGCAAUUACCCUUCUAUUGCAAUAAAUGUAAGAUAACUGGACACACGAUUGAUAAGUGUAGAAAAAAUCAAAAGCAAGAAGCUGUUUUGAAGGAGGCGAUUGCUCCUAAGGUGGUUGCUGAAACCAAUAUGGUUAAGUCGACAGUUGGUGAUUCCAUUCUUGUUAAUGGAGCUACUACCGAUGGCUUCCAUGUGGCUAAGCAUAAGAACAAUUGGAAGCCUAAGGCUGGCUCUCAGUUGAACAGCCAAACAAGUAAUGUGCACCGGAAUUCUUUUGAGGCGCUUAAUCAAGAACCGCUUGAUUUGGAUUAUGCUCCGGACUUAUUGGCUGCGGUUACUGUUCAUGAUCCUUUGUUGCAGAUGAUAAAUUCGGAAGAUAUGAGUAAUGGCGUGGGCUCUGGUUCCAAAACGGAAAGUUUAGACGAGGAAAUCAUAGCAGAUAUUGAGCCUGCUGUGCAAAUGGAAGUGGUCCGGGAAUAG